GGCAGCGCCUUUCUGAAACUUCUGACUUUAAAUUGGGAAUCUCUGUUGGGAGCAACAGAAAUCUCAGUUGAGAAAAUCCAGGAAACUUACGAUGGAAGAAGUUGAACAAAAUCCACUGGGGGAUACGUUAAUGAUGGAAAUAGCAAAUUUAGAAGCCACAAAACAGAACCUUGACCGCCUGAACUCAGACCUUGAAAAGGAUCUGCAGACACUGGAUGAGGCAAAUGAGGCUCUUCUCAGAAAAAUUCAAGAGAAAGAAAAAGUCAUCCAAAGUCUGGAAAGAGAUCUCACCCUAUCAUCAGAAAGAGAUGAAGAGAAGGAGGAGUUGAACCAGAUCAUAUCUGAGAGGGAGGAAGCCCUGAAUGACCUGGAAGUAGAGACGGCAAAGCUGGAAGAAAAGAAUGCAAUCCUAAACAAGAAUGUGGGGGAGCUUCAGGAGAAGAUUUCAAGGGGAUUUAAGAAUGCUGGUCCUACUAAAGAAAUCCUGAAGCAGAAUUUGGCAGAACUGAAGGUGAAGCUGCAACAGUCAACAGAGUCCUGUGCACAGCAAGAGGAGGAAAUAGCCAAGGUGAAGAGUGACUACCUAUUCAUUCAAGAGCGUUGUGAGGACCAAGCUCACUGCAUAAAGAUGUACCAGGAAGCUCUGAGGCGGCUGGAAAAGGAAAAGGAAGUUCUGAUGCUUAACAAAGAGAUAGCCAAAGCCCAGAAGAAUUCUUCCCAACUAGUGAAGCCUGGGUCAGUCCUGGUGGAGACCAUUCAAAACAAUAUGGAGAAGACUAUCAUUAAGAAACAGAAGAGGGUCUCAUUUUUUAGAUUUUUCCGGUGGCUUUUCUUUAUGAUCCUGAUCUUCAUUGAAUUGCUGGGUUACCUGUUUUUCCACCUGCAGUACAUCAACCCAGACCUUAUUGUGGAGACCCUGCCCCUGCUGAUGAGUAGGAGCAACCUGAAGAGGCUGAGAGACUUCUUAUCUCCUCUCCUCACUUUUGAGGGAGACUGCCUCCUCCCACACUAGCCUGGGGUGACCAGCGUGGGGCUGUGGCUGUGGCCUUGCAUAGCAGUGUGGGCCAGGAGGGAAGUAGAAGCCUAUGGUGCAAGAGCUGCUACUUCACAUCUGAUCUUUUCUUUUAAUUUUUUUCACCGUUCUCCUUUUGGAGUGUUUCUCUUUCAAAUAAACAGUAUGUUUGA